AUUUUACGCAGAUAGAGCAGACCCAGCCGGUGGCGGACUGACAGACAGUCCCGUGCCGUUAUGAGAUGGUGUACGACCAGCCAGCAAGUAUCCUAUCUGAGAUUAUAUGACUUCAUGACAUUCAUAGUGCGAGAAACAUAUACACUUUGUCGUCGUUAAACUGUGUGAGCGUUUCGAAAUCCGGACGUAAAUGAAGAGCGAGAUGACGCCGGUGUGAUUUGACACAUUAAGCUAACGUCACUUUAAGCUAACGUUACAUUUUGCACAACACCUUUAUUCAACUGGGCGGCUGUAACUGUAAAAUAAUGCGGCGGGUGUUUCGUCGGUUUCCGUGGGUCACCAAUGUUACGUUGUACGGUUGUCUCUUCGCCGGAGGGGACUUCGUCCACCAGUGGUUCGCGCGAAGGGAGGAACUGGACUGGAGACAAACACGGAACGUCGCCGUGGUCGCGUUCAGUUUCCAUGGCAACUUCAGUUUCUUCUGGAUGCGGUUCCUGGAGCGAAGGUUUCCCGGGACUUCAGUCCGGAUGGUGUUGAGGAAGCUGCUGAUGGACCAGACGUUAGCGGCACCGCUGGCUACCAGUGUCUUCUACACAGGUGUCAGCUUCUUGGAGGGCAAGGAGGAUAUUUUUGAAGACUGCAGGGAAAAAUUCCUGAACACAUAUAAGACGGGGCUGAUGUUCUGGCCAUUUAUGCAGUUUCUGAACUUUGCCUUGGUGCCUCUGUACGUGCGGACCACCUUCACCGGCUGCUGUGCCUUCGUCUGGGCCACCUUCCUUUGCUUCUCACGUCAGAGUGGCGACGGCACAGCCGGUGCUGCUCUGGCAUGGAUGUUCCCUCCUAAAGAGGACGAAGCAGAGUCCGCACAGGAGAAAGUAGACUCCAAGGACAAGAUAGAAGCUUCCAAAGAGGGAACAGCUGCAUCUAAACCUACUCAGAAGUGAAGUAUGUAGAAUCAGUUGUUUUAAUGAUCAAAACAGGCAGAGGUCUGAACGGGAGACAGCUGGUUCAGUGGAUGGCAAACCUCUUGAUGCUCUAAGGUGCUUUGGGAAACAGCGCCCAGCCAAUGGAAUGUAUAUACAGUAUCCUUAUCAAUAUGCAUAUCACCUCAGUGAGAAAAUCCUACUUUUCCGCCUAAAAGUGAAUCGUUGCUAUAUUUAUUAUCAGAUUUUGUUUUUAUAAAUGAAGCCUUCUGUUCACAAUAGUGUUUCCCUAUUUAAUUGGACCAUACGUAAUGAUACUGGAAUGAUUUAUGAGGACUUCCAUGUCUGGGAAGGAAGCUGUGAUGAUGGGAACGUGUAUGGUUGAUGUUCCACAUUCCUCUGUUGUACAUCUAAAAACUAGAGGGAUUUCCACAGUGUGGAGUGGCAGCUAACUCAUAACCUUAGACUUUUAAUUUCAUAAAAUUGGACAAAUUUGUAAACAUUUUAAAGGUCUAGUGUGUAUAAUUUAGGGGCACUUAGCGGUGAUGUUGCAGAUUGCAGCCAACUGAAACACCUCCCACAUGCCAUGCGUGUAGGAGAACUACGACGGCGGACGCAAAUGGCCUUAUCUAGAGCCAGUGUUUGGUUUGUCUGUUCAGGGACUCUGGAGAAGAGGACCUGCUCUGUAUGUAGAUAUAAUCGGCUCAUUUUAAAUUUACAAGAUCACUACAAUUCUUAGUUUCAGGUGAUUAUACACUAAUGAAAACAUAGUUAUGAAUAUUAUAUUUCAUUUCUGCCCACAGAUGCCCCUAAAUCCUACACACUGGACCUUUUCAUAUCACUCUGUUUAUUUUUAGUGCUUCCACUGUUAUCUGUAACUGCAACAGAGUGCCUGAUCUCUAAGGACUGUCUGCUUUGGUUACAGUUUACACUCUGGUACAAGACGUGCUAGAUACACAUGCACACAGGUACCAAUACUCUGUUGUAUAAUAGAGCAUAUCUGUUUGUUAUUGAUUUAUAGGUAGGUACUUUAUGCAUGAAACAACAAAAACAUAUCUGGAAACACACUUUAGAUUUCCACAUUUCCAACCAUUAUCCCUUUAUGUCUGCAUAUUGUGGCGAUGAGAUACUACUGAAGAAGACUUUGAGUCCAUUAAUGACUAACGAAGGUCGUCUCAGACAUCCAUUUACUUGAAUGUGGAAAUGCUGCCUGCCUGUUGUCGUACUUUAUGUUAAUGUGAUACUGUGGAGUGCUCUCUGUUAUGUCUCUUUGCAUCAUUUCCCAAAUUUUUAAAACUUUACCUCUUUGUGAAAAUGUAACUUUAUAAGUCUCCUUGCCUGCAGUGGUUCUUGACGUCAGAAGCCUCCGCACAGUUUCUAUAGAGGUCAUUUUUAUAUAUAGCUCAGUACAAGAGCUGACUGUUAUUCCUAUAUAUAGAGUUUUAAAAAAAGGUUCGCUCUUUUGUCUCAGGCAGGUAAUUAACAAAGGAAACAACAGUUGAUUCAUUUGUGUUUCCAAGCAUCAUUGAAAUUCCUGGUGUCACAGAGAGAUGUCUUUUUUUGGGCUGAUGUAAUGGAGUCUAAAAUGGAGUCUCCAAUGAUGCAUUUUGAAGUAGCAUAUGCAAGAGACACUCAGUGAUUGUAUUAUGUGAUCUAUCUCACAGGACUAGUGUUUGAAUUGGGGUGCAGAAAAACGAUGCAAUCACUGCAGCUGUUUGAUCCCUUUUAUCAGACAUCAAAGUAUGAUCACGCAUUAUAAGUUAAUUUACUUACAAUAAUAACUUAUUACUGUUGAGUGUUUGUUUCUAAUUAGCCAUGUAUUUAUUCUGAGAUUUGUACACUGCUUUAGCACAGUCUGACAUUUCUGCCUCUGUGUUUUGGUCGGUUUUGAUGUUGUCCUACAGAGAAGAUUUUAUGAAAGAAGAAGAGACGAAAAAUGUAGCUUCCUAGACAAAAACUGGCAACAAUUUGUACCAUAUUUGCCAAAAAUAGAGACAGAACAAUCAGCUCGGAGAUGAAGUAAUGCACACUUUAAGUAGGCUAAGCAAGUAAUUUACUGUCCCCUACAAAAACAAGCAUUCCUGGGAUUCUGUUGCAAAAAAAUCCCAUUUACAGCUGUAUUACAUUUAAGUAAAAGACAAGACAAGAAAGAAAGUCAACACAAACUGCAAUAAAUACCUUCACAAGCUGUUCUUUGACAGUUUACCAGCACUGCAGCCCAGGAUUUAAGUUAAAUAAAUUAUAUUUAGAGGUUGAUUUCGAGGACCAUUCACAGGAUUUGAGUGUAAUAGACAAAGGCUGUAUUUACUGUAGUCUAUUUAAAGGAAGUGUUGCUGCGUAUUUGUACAUUAUGUUUGCUUAAACUAAUAUUUGCAUUACACAAGUCGGUUCAGUGCCACGUGAGGUGCCACAAUCAGAGGAUCCCCCAAACAAAAUCCUGCUGGGUCCCCAAAAGUCAGGAGCUGGCCCUGGAUAUCACAAAGAACUACAGUUUGAUCAGUGCUGUUGACUGUAAUAAUGUAUUUAAAAAUUUGAUUUGAUCACAUUUUGCACAAAAGUUGCACUGAUUGAGGUAGAGAUAAAUAUUGUUGAAUAAAUUGAAAUAAUC